GGUUUCACCUUAUGCUGGAGAAAGGUUACCAGUGGGUAUCCUCCUGAACUCAUUGACUUGGAGAGCCACCUCUGGUCUUGGAUAUUACUCUACUCAAGGGCUGUACGCUCCAGGCCUCAAUGAGGAGCCCAAACAUGGAGACGUUCAAGCAGCAGAAGGUGGAGGACUUUUAUGACAUCGGGGAGGAGCUGGGGAGCGGCCAGUUCGCCAUUGUGAAGAAGUGCCGGGAGAAGAGCACGGGGCUGGAGUACGCGGCCAAGUUCAUCAAGAAGCGGCAGAGCCCGGCCAGCCGGCGGGGCGUGUGCCGGGAGGAGAUUGAGCGGGAGGUGAGCAUCCUGCGGCAGGUGCUGCACCCCAACGUCAUCACGCUGCACGACGUCUUCGAGAACCGCACCGACGUGGUGCUCAUCCUCGAGCUAGUGUCCGGAGGAGAGCUCUUUGACUUCCUGGCCCAGAAGGAAUCCCUGAGUGAGGAGGAGGCCACCAGCUUCAUUAAGCAGAUCCUGGAAGGGGUGAACUACCUUCAUGCCAAGAAAAUCGCUCACUUUGAUCUCAAGCCAGAAAACAUUAUGUUGUUGGACAAGAAUAUUCCCAUUCCACACAUCAAGCUGAUUGACUUUGGCCUGGCUCAUGAAAUAGAAGAUGGAGUUGAAUUUAAGAACAUUUUUGGGACACCAGAAUUUGUUGCUCCAGAAAUUGUGAACUAUGAGCCCCUGGGCCUGGAGGCGGACAUGUGGAGCAUCGGUGUCAUCACCUACAUCCUCCUUAGUGGAGCAUCCCCUUUCCUGGGAGACACGAAGCAGGAAACGCUGGCAAAUAUCACAGCAGUGAGUUACGACUUUGACGAGGAAUUCUUCAGCCAGACCAGUGAGCUGGCCAAGGACUUCAUUCGGAAGCUUCUGGUUAAAGAGACCCGGAAGCGGCUCACGAUCCAAGAGGCUCUCAGACACCCCUGGAUCACAUCCAAAGGAGAGAUCAGAGCCCCAGAACAGCACAAGGCAGAGCCCAACCAGCUGAAGACCAAGCGCCUGAGAGAGUACACCCUCAAAUGCCACUCAAGCAUGCCCCCCAACAACACCUACGUCAACUUCGAGCGCUUUGCCCGUGUGGUCGAGGAUGUGGCUCAGGUGGAGCAGGGCUGCCGGGCUCUGACAGGGGCCCAUGACACCAUCCAGGAUGACGUGGAGACCCUGAUCUCCAUCUACAAUGAGAAGGAGGCUUGGUACCGGGAGGAGAGCGAGAGAGCCCGGCACGACUUGUCUCAGCUCAGGUACGAGUUCCGCAAGGUGAAGUCCUCGAAGAAGCUCCUUCGAGAGGACAUCCGGGCCACAGGGUCCCGCCUUGGGGGUGCAGCCAGGAAGCUGGACCACCUGCAGACACAGUUUGAGACCCUGAGGCAGGAGCUCUCAGCAGACCUCCAGUGGCUCCAGGAACUGGUGGGCGGCUUCCAGCUAGAGAGUGGGAGCAUGGACAGCCCAGGUUACGUGUUCUGCCGGGACGCCAGUGAAUCCUUUGGGGAGCUGCUCAACAGAUCAUGCGGUGAGGAAGUCUUGGCUGGCUUGAAGCUCUGAGCACCAGCAUCGGGUCACUAAUGCAUCCUGGAUGGUUUGCUGAAGACUGCUCCCAACUGCCCUGCCAGGCAUCAACUCAAAUUCUCCUGCAGGGGUGUAUGUCUGUAGCAUAGCCUUCCACCUCCUCCCAGAAUCCAGAAGCAUGGAGGGACUAGCUAGUUAUCCAUUCUGUGCCUCUUCUCACCUGCCUGGUUUGUUGGGUGACUGGCCAGGCAGCCAGGCUGUUAAAACAAUUGCUGUUGAAUACCCCUCAGCAUUCCCUUCUCCAGAGGGAAACAGCUGGCCCUGGGGAGACACUCCGGGAGACACUCAGUAACUGAUUUGUGAUAAUGGACUUGAUCACAUCUCACUUCCUGCUUUAUGGACUGCAGGUCUUGGGUACCAUUUGAGUUAACUAGGGCUAAUAGCUUGGUGUUUUCCUGCUGCUGAUGGCAGAAUUUUAAAUUCACAGAGAAAAGAUUACUUUUCAUUUACAUUGACAUUUAACUUACCAUGCAUUUAUGUUUGUGAUCCUUAAAAGAACUCUGUGAGACAGGAAGGUAGGUGGUAUUAUUGUUGUUGUUACUGUUAUUUCCAUGUAACUGAUGAGGAAACUGACCUCCAGGGGGAAAUGACUUACGCAGGGUCAUUCAUAGCUAGUUGAUACAGAUGAAACACGAACCCAGGAUGCCUGAGUCUAAGAUGAGGUAUUUAGGAACAGAUAGCUUUUGAUGUAAAAAUGCACUUUAAUAUUAAAGUUCAGAUCCCAGAAGUAAAAUAAGCAACUUCAUGUAUUUUGCCAGGUAAUGUGGAAGCCUCAUACCCUCUAAGCGAUUGUCCUAAGAAGUGUGUCCCAGAAGGCAGAGAGUUUAUUGUUCCCAUCCAGCCCUUCCCUGUCUGAAGAUCAGCCUGAGGAUUAGGAGGGAAGGGGCAGCAUCUUGCCCUUCUCCACCUUCCCUCCUGUGGCUCAGGGCUCCAACCUUCUGUUGGGAAUGAGAACCCUUUUCUCAUGUCCCUAAGGUCUGAAGAGGGUGGACAUUAAGACUGGGAAGCAUGAGACCCAGUGGUCCCUUCCUGACUGCAGGCUGUGUGCGCCCCUCCCUAAAGACUGGAUCAUCUCGUCUCCCUUUUCCCACGGGAGGAGACAGCCAGCCAGCUCACAGAGGCAGAGUGUGGGGAGUGGGCCCAGCACUGUUCUAGAAGCUUGGGGGUGACAGAACAGAUCGUAUCGUCCCAAGGUGCCUUCUUGUCAGAGAGGAAGGGUAGGUGUUAUUCUGAAUUUGGUGCUGAGGAAACAGAAAGGGUGUGAUUUGCCCAAGGGCACAGUAGAGGCAAAAGUGGACGCCUUCCGAUGGGGUCUUCUGCUUCCUUCCCCUAGCUGCCCCAGGCGCCAGGGGUUCACUCUGCUGUGGGGCAGGUUCUACCCAGACACACCCAUCUAUCCACUUACAAAGAAUUGUUCAGCACCUGUCAACUGCUGGGCACUUGUCCUGUCCCCAGGAAUACAAUGUUGAGUGAAAACAGGUGUGUUUCCUGCAUUCAUGGAGUUUGCAGUAAAGGACUCCACGUUGAUCUAGAACAUUCUGCAGAGGUAGAACUGCAGCUGGGACAUAUGCUAUGAGAGGAUUGCAGCACUGCAGAAGCCUGCAGUGGGGGGUGACGUAGUCAGAAAGGGUGUCCCUGAGGUGGUGACGCUAGAGCUGAGGUCAGCGAAGUAAACCAGGGAGAAGGUAGUUUUCCCCACAAAACUGUCAUGCCAGGGCUCUGUGCUAAGAGGGGACCUGAGAGCUGAAAUUGCUCAGGCAGAAAGAAAGCUGGAGAGGAGAGAAGAGGAGUAUGAUGUAGAUGUGGCUGGAAAGAAGGCUGGACCAGUAGGGCUUUGCCAUACUGAAGAGCUCUGUCUCCAUCCCCAGGGUCAUGGGACUGAAAUGGGUGCCCAGCAGUCAGCAGCCCGAUGUCAUGGCAGGGGUGGGGCUGCCCAGGGAACAGCACAGAUGGGGCAUGGUGUAGAAUGAUCCCAUGAAACCAUGUCUUUAAAAUCCUACCUCCCUUUCUAUUACAUGCUGGAUCACUUCAAAUAUUAUAUAUAAUAUUUGUAACAAACAGUUUUCAUCAAGUAGAAGAAACCAUAUUUUCACCAAAUGUAAGAUGCAUCAUUAUUUUAUGACCCCAAAAUAAAUUUAAAAAGAAGCCCAAGAUGGGAAGUCUAAGAGAAAACACCAAAUACAAAGCUGGGACACCCUCACUGAGAGGGGAGGUGAGAAAUAAAGCCACCAGGUAGGAGGGGAAGACAAGGGAAUGUGUGCAUUUCAGGCUUGACACUGGGUCGCUCAGUCGCUCAGUCACAUCCAACUCUUUGCAACCCCAUGGACUGUAGCUCAUCAGGCUCCUCUGUCCAUGGAAUUCACCAGGCAAGAGUACUGGAGUGGGUAGCCAUUCCUUUCUCUAAAGGAUCUUCCCGACCCAGGGACUAAACCCAGGUCUCCCGCAUUGCAGGUGGAUUUUUUACUGUCUGAGCCACCAGGGAAGUCCUGACGCUGGGUAGAAGGGUGGAAAAAUCCUUCCCUGAGAACAGGAGCCCCAGGCUGGUGGUACUCACACAGAAUUCCUUUCUGCAUUUACACAAUUAGUGGAAUCCAAAAGAACCUCAAGCAAGAAAUCUAAUGUUAAACAGUCUGAGGCUGGGUGGCCCCGAUGGCUGGCAGAAGCAGUGUGGUCAUCUCCUGGAGCACCUGCCUUCACUUCAGACCCACAGUAAAGAUACGAUGCCAUUGUUUGAGAGAGAAGUCCUGAUUUCAGAGAUCCAAAAAUGUGCAUCUUGGAAUCAAUGAAAGAUGGCAAAGCCCUGUUUUCUAUGCCCUGUCUGGGAGAAUUGAUACAAACAGCCCAUCUACAAUCUCUCCAAGAACUUUUCUGCCCUGUCACAGGACAGGAUAUAAUCAUUUGGCAUAAGACACCACAAAGAUCAAUGGUCACUUUGGCCAGGGCAGCCAAGUCAAGGGCUUUCCUGGUGGCUCAGGCGGUAAAGAAUCCGCCUGCAAUGCAGGAGACCUGGGUUUGAUCCCUGGGUUGGGAAGAUUCCCUGGAGAAGGGAAUAGCUACCUACUCUAAUAUUCUUGCCUGGAGAAUCCCAUGGACAGAGGGGUCUGGUGGGCUGCUGUCCAUGGGGGCACAAAGAGUCAGACACGACUGAAUGACUAACUCUUUAACUUGGCCAAGUCAACAGGUUUCCUAAGGCAAGGAAGCCCCUGAUUGAGCAACUCAGGGCAAAUUUUCUUGUGAGGGUCGAAAUAAAAUGCAAUAAAGGAGUAAGCUGUGGAUGAUGAUUUGAAUUAGGGAGACUGGGAAAAGAGCGGGAGAAGUGGUUAUUUUAGAAUCCUGCUGCUGCUGCUGCUGCUAAGUCGCUUCAGUCGUGUCUGACUCUGUGCGACCCCAUAGACGGCAGCCCACCAGGCUUCCCCAUCCCUGGGAUUCUCCAGGCAAGAACACUGGAGUGGG